AUGAGAGCCGUAUGUCUCAUCCUGCUGUGUCUGCCAGCAGCGCUCCUGGCCCAGGGACAGUACGAUCUCGAAGGACCUCCUUAUCUUGACCAGCUGCAGUAUUCCCAGUACGACCCUCAGUUAGACAAUCAAGAUUACUAUGACUAUCAAGAUGCCACCCAGCGCACUCCCGAGGAGCAGUUCCAGUAUCAGUCCCAGCAACAGACCCAGCAGGAGAUCAUCCCAGCGCCAACCCCAGAUUUUCCCGAGACCGAACCCACAGAACCUGGACCUCUUGAUUGCCGGGAGGAGCAGUAUCCCUGCACCAGGCUCUACUCGGUCCACAAGCCCUGCAAGCAGUGCCUGAACGAGAUCUGCUUCUACAGCCUCCGACGGGUGUACGUUAUUAACAAGGAAAUCUGUGUUCGUACCGUGUGCGCCCACGAAGAGCUGCUCCGAGCUGACCUGUGCCGUGACAAGUUCUCCAAAUGCGGCGUGCUGGCAACCAGUGGCCUCUGCCAGACCGUGGCUACCUCCUGCGCCAGAAGCUGCGGCGGCUGCUAA